AUGGCCACCGUUAACAUUCGCCGGGAUGUCACCGAUCCCUUCUACCGUUACAAGAUGGAGAAGCUCCAGUCUAAGAUUGAGGGCAAGGGCAACGGUAUCAAAACCGUCAUUGUCAACCUGAACUCAGUCGCUCAAUCUCUCAGCCGUCCUCCUGCUUACUUGAUCAAAUACUUUGGCUUUGAACUUGGAGCCCAGGCCAACGCUAAGCCUACCGAUGAACGUUGGAUCAUCAACGGUGCCCAUGAGUCUAGCAAGCUUCAGGACUACCUUGACGGCUUCAUCUCCAAGUUUGUGCUUUGCAAGAAGUGCAAGAACCCCGAGACUGAUGUCAUCAUCAAGGAUGAGAAGAUCACCCUGGACUGCAAGGCCUGUGGUCAGCGUUGUGACGUUGAUCCUCGCCUGAAAUUGAGCACCUUCAUUGUUCGUAACAACCCCAAGGGUGGCAAGAAGGAGAAGAAGGACAAGAAGGCCCGUCGCGAGGCCAAGAAGGAGAAGUCCCAGUCCAACGGAGACCAAGAUGCCAGCCCUGGUGACAGCAAUGGAUCCGAGAACGGUGAGGAGAAUGGUUAUGACGAUGAUGAGGCUCUUGAGGCUGGCAGUGAUGAUGAGUUGGUCCGCCAGGCCAAGGACCUUCAGCUUGACGAGGAAAUCAAGGACGAUGAUUGGGCCGUCGACCUCUCUGAGGCGGCCAUCAAGGCCCGUGCCAAGGACCUUCCCGAUGACCUCAAGCGCUCGCUAGUUCUGGAGGAAGCCGAUGAGGAUGGUGCCGACGGUCCUUCCUCAUACGAACAACUUGGUAGCUGGAUCAUCGAGACUGCUGAAGAGAAGGGUGGUGUCACCAAGGUCAGCGACAUUGAGAUCUACAAGAAGGCCAAGGACUUCGGCAUCGAGACCAAGCACAAGACUCUCGCCGUUCUGGCCCAGAGUAUCUUUGACGAGAAGAUUGUCAAGCAGAUUGAGGACCGUGCUCCUCUUCUCAAAAAGCUGAUUACCUCCGAGCGUCACGAGAAGGCCUUCCUUGGCGGUACCGAGCGCUUCGUCGGCCAGGAUCGCCCCGCUUUGAUUGCGCAGAUCCCCGCCAUUCUUCUUGGUUACUACCAGAAUGAAAUUGUCUCCGAGGAGACUCUUAAGACCUGGGGUGCCAAGGCUAGCAAGAAAUAUGUCGACAUCUCGACCAGCAAGAAGGUCCGCAAGUCUGCCCAGCCCUUCCUGGAGUGGUUGGAGACCGCCGAGAGCGAGGACGAGAGUGACGAGGAGAGCGAGUAG